UCUAGCUCGCGGCUCUAUGGCCGCCGCCCGCCGCCGCCGUGGGCCGUUGCCAUAGCUCCGCCGCCGCCGCCGUGCCGAGCGGGGGGCUCGGGGCUGACCCGCGGCCCGACCCGGCCCCAUCGGCCUCUACCGGGACGGGGCUGCAGGUUGACUCAACAAUGACUCCAUGUUCAUCAAUCCUGACUUUCUGCUUUGAUCACCAUAAACUGCAGCAGUUUUAGUUACUAUGUGGGCAAGCUGCUGUAAUUGGUUUUGUCUGGAUGGCUCACCUGAAGAGAUGCAGCCGCAGCCAGAGCAGGGAGCCAGAGCCCAAGCCUAUUCCAACCCUGGGUACAGCUCCUACCCAUCUCCAACCGCUUUGGAACAGAGCUGCAAAGCCUGCGGGAUGCGCUUCGACAGCUCCUCCAGGAAGCACGUCUGCUUGGACUGCAAGAAGAACUUCUGUACGUCCUGCUCCAGCCAGGCUGACGGUGCUCCCCUCCUCUGCCACCUCUGCCAGCGGUUCCGAGCCACAGCUUUCCAGCGGGAGGAGUUGAUAAAGAUGAAGGUGAAGGAUCUGCGAGACUAUUUGGCACUCCACGAGGUAUCCACAGAGUUGUGUCGUGAAAAGGAGGACCUGGUCCUGCUCAUUCUUGGCCAGCAGCCUGUAAUUACCCAGGAGGAUCAGAUAAGAACAAAUUCAUUUCAUACUAGUGCCUCUGGACAGCAAGACUUUGUGAUUCUCCCACCCACCGGCCCAGCAUCUUCUACCUCACAUGAUGCGUCUCCAGGGUCUGCAGAUCCUGUCUCAAGCUCACUAGCUCAGGAACACGAACAGGCAAAUGGUUAUGUGCCUCCAAGCCAAGUUGGUUUGACAGGAGUCGAGAUUGCAGCUGAAGCGCCAACAGAGGAGGAGACUCAGUCUACGGACUCCGAAGACAACCUGGUGCAGGGGAGGAAGGCUUCUCUGUCUGAUCUGACAAGCAUUGGAGACAUCAAUGCGCUCUCUGUGCGACAGCUGAAGGAAAUCCUUGCUCGCAACUUUGUCAACUACAAAGGCUGCUGUGAAAAGUGGGAGCUGCUGGAGAGGGUGACCCGGCUUUAUAAAGAGAAGGACCUUCAGCAUCUAGUUUCUGACACUGAUGAUCAAACUGGUGGUGCUGGGCUCCCAGGCAUGGAGGAAAACCUCUGCAAAAUCUGCAUGGAUGCACCCAUUGACUGUGUCCUGCUGGAAUGUGGCCACAUGGUCACUUGUACCAAGUGUGGGAAGCGGAUGAGCGAGUGUCCCAUCUGCCGGCAGUAUGUGAUAAGGGCUGUCCAUGUCUUUAAGUCCUAAGUGUGUGGAAGGAAGACUGGGAAUGCCUUAAAGCCUCAUCUGCUGUGAGAAAAAUGGUCAAAAUAGCUACUAGUUAGGUCAGAGAUUAGCACACGGACCCCACUGGAAGCUGAAGGUGAGGGAAGGAUGGAGCCUGAGAAAACUUGUUCUUACCCAAGCCAUGCCUGGCUGUGCUCUUCCCAUGAUAGUGCUUUACACCACAGUGCCUGGACUCCUUGGAGCUCAUUGCCAGCAGCAAACACACAAACUAUUAACCUAUGUUUUAGGAUAACUUGAUCCAUUAGAGGUGGGGAUCCAGGGAUGUUUGGUUCCCACCACCAAGCUCAGAUGCAGAGGCUUCAUAUUUCCCCCCUGACUGGUAAACAGAAGCGCAGUGGGAUCUCAAAGAGUGACCUUUGUUUUGCUGCUUAGGCUCAAUGCUCAGCAACAACUUUUAUUUUCAAAGAUGAAAACUUAUUGUACUUGUUAAUUUUUACCUUUAAUUUAAUGUUCAGUUCCUAUGCUUGCAGGACAGGCAGCCAGCCUCCCCCUUCCACAGCACAAUAAACACGUCUAGCCUAGUGCAACAGUGGACAAUUGUAUGCUUUCAUUUGAAGGUGGGCUUUGUAGUAUUGAAAACCAGAACAGGAGUGAGGACUGGGGCCCAUGGAGCCUGACCUCGUGUGGUGGGGUUGGUUUACACACCAGGGAGAUCCCUUUGACUUUCAGUUUUAAACCUGAACUCAUUUCACUUGAUUAAGGAGCUAUGAAUCUAAGGCUUGAGUCUUUUAGAGGGUUUAGUGAGGCCAAGACACAGCUGCAGAGCAGUAAGGGUUCUACUGUUACACAGUCAGACUUAAGUACAGGUGACUUUCUUUUUAGAGAGGAGACAUGAAAGAAGGGAAGCUUUAUCUCCCUCAAAUCAUUACAGAUGCUUCUGCUUAGUAAACGGCAUCCCUCAUCCUCCCCUUUACUCACCCUUACUCCUGUACGUGCAGACUGCUUAUCAAAGCAAUCAAUUUUCACUCCUUCUGCUUGUGAGGGUGGACAGGGGGCUCUGGUCUGAUUCAUGACAAAUGCAAGCCCUCAGGAGCAGGAUGGUCAUUUGGAAGCCUUGCUAGAGAGAGCUGUAGCUGGCGUAUUUCUCCCUGAGUUUCAGAAUCUUGAUGCCUUAAGUUUUCAGCCACCGUAGGACUGUAUGCUCAUUUUAAGUCAUUUGCUGAGUAUCUUCUGCUGCAGGUUCUUUCCCAUCUAGCUUUUCCCUUCAUGGGGAGAGAUCACUCAAGUGUUCAGGCUGCAUCUCUGCACAGCUGCCAGCAGAGGAACAGCACAAACCCAAGUGUCCACUUACAGCUCCUGGAGCAGCAGAAGUGCAGUUACAGAAACCAUCACCAAAGACAUCUGCUUUUGCAGUAAGUGGUUAUGUAUGUUAACAGGGAGUUAAACUUGGGUCAUCUUUACCAUGGAGCAGUGCAGGAGUAGCAAUUCGCUUCUCAACUGGCAUGGAGUGGAGGGUCUCUCUGACUAUUAGCAAAGCACUUAAGCUAAAGAAGUCUCAGUUGGUAGCAGAACUGCUGCACUACUGAGGUUUACUGAACUAAGAAUUCAGAGUUUUACCUCUUUCUCUGUUCAGGUUGUUCUUUAGUAUUUGGCUUAAGGUUUAACAGCUUCCAGCAGGAGGUGAGCACUGGUACGAUUCCGUGUAUCAUGUUAAAGAAAGGGCAGGUAAGCAGUCACUGUAUUUACUCUUCAGGAGGUUCACAGGGACCUCUCAGAGGUACAGGAAUACACAUGCAAAGUGCUGAACAGCCUCAUUCAUAAACUCACUGUGAAAAUUCAUGUUGUCAUAGCUUUCAAUAAACUCAGGGCUGGGGGGAAGCAGGAAGAUGAUGAUUCCCCUGCAGACAGAUGUACCUGGAGAGGGUAGGCUUAUUUUCUACAGCAGAUCAAUCGAAUUGUGGAUCAAUGCUUGAAACCUUAGGAAUGAGAAGAUCCCCCCUCCCCAUGACUCUGGAAUGUGCUUUCUGAAGGGAGGAGGUUCCGUUUUUGUCUCCUGGCUCCAGUGUUUCCCUUGCAAAAAUCAUUUUCUACUUAUGGCUGAGUUGUUUGUAAAGGAAAAUCAAAUCUGGAGGAAACUGAUUAAAGAUCCAAAGGAAUAUAAUGAUCUGAACUAAUAAAUGGUAAUAUUUAUGUGCUUUAUGUCCACUGUACAUACUUUAAAUACUUUAGAAGUUCAUAUUCUACUUGAAAUGGCAUGUUAAAUCCUGGUACGAUGAUGGUGAAACUUCCGAGUUUUUGGUACAGAAGUUUGGUUUAUAAUUUUAUAAUAAAGUUGAACUGUGAUUUAGUUAA